ACCCGGUUGCCCUCGUGACCCGGAAGGCUGCUCCGCCUUCCCUUCCCUCCUCCAUGACUCCGUCCCCGCGGCCGGGACCGUAUCUUUGGCCGGGACUCGCUUGUUGGCGCCGCGCCGAUCACAGAAGAGGAGGCCUUGCCUGCGUCGUCCUGCUGCCGCGUUUGUGGGCGCUGUGCCGGGCCGUGGUGCGAGGACGGCGCGUUGAUGACCAGGGCUUGGAGCUGAGCCGCUCGGCCUCCCUCGGUGACUGCGAGCCACUGGCAGCAGCAGUUGGUGGAACAAGCCUUUGACUGCAUGGAAAUGGUGUUCUGAAAAAUUAUAAGCAAUGAGUGACUUUGAGUUCAUCUUUUGCAGCUGGCAAGGUCGAAUGUGGCCUGCAAGAAUACUGCUGAAGUCUGGCAUUUCUCCCACUGAAACACCCGAGACAAAUUCAGAUUGUUUAGAUGUCCAAAUAAUAUGCUUGGAUAAAAGAUUAAGAGUUAAUCGCACAGACACAAGACCAUUUGAGGAAGAACAAGCCAAAACCAUUAGCAGUGGAUUAGUGUGUAGAGAACACUUCACUCAUGAAGAAGCUUUGGAGGAAUUGACUUACAGGAAGGCACUUCGAAUUGCCUUGAACAUUUUAGCUGGCAAUGACUCCUAUUUGCCUCCAAUGACGAUAAAAGAACCUGUAUUGGCAAAGACUGAGUUUAAUUCGGAGAAGCUUAAAAAUAAUGCAUGUGCUUUCAAUUCUAAUGGAACACAAACAGCUUUGAAGCCAAAUGGAAUGCAUUUGCUUCAGGAACAGGGGAGCAUAUGCACUCGGCAAAGUAGCAGGAGAGCAUCUUGUGUUAAAAAUACGCCAGAAAAUGAACAGACGAGAACGUGGACUCGAUCAUACACGUUAAACCAGUCUUCAAUUCCGAGAAACAUUGCCGAAAAGGCAGAAGGUGGUCGUGUGGGGAAAAGAAAAAGAGGAAGGGUGAAAACAGAUAUCUGCCAUCCCCAGAUAGAUACUUCAACAAAUAGCUCCCCACAAUAUGAACAGCCACUACAACCUAUGAAAUCAACACCUGAAAAAAAUAGAUCUUUGGGGAAAAAAUGUGGAAGGUUACGAAAAGAGGAAGAGUCUUCAAUCCAUGCCUGUAGUUCGACAGUCUCUGGAGUAAAGAAAGAUCAAAAUGGAAAAGUUAAAAAGGGCAGACAGAAAUCAAAGUUUUGUAAAUCUACCUGUGAAGGAAAUACAGAUUAUUUCCCAUCCAACUGUAAAUCUGAGGAAGUUUGGGGGUCUGAUAUUUCUUGUAGCUAUUUAGAAUCUACUCCGAAACGUGGGACAUGCGGCCACGUUGGAUCAUACAAAUUCCCGCUCGUUUUAAGCAGCCAAAGAAAUAUUCCGUUUGAAAAUAAAAAUGAUUUGAGCCAAACCAGGGAAAUAAACCAGAAAAGGAAACGAGGGAAAAAGUGUGCAGAAUCUAAGGAGUGCCUUAAUGCCAGCAAGACUUCAGCUGAUUUGGAUGCGAAUGUGAAAUCAAGCAACAGGUCAAAUGUAGACUCUGCAGAAGAAGGGAGUCCAGAACAGCAUUUUAUGAGUACUAUUUUUGGGUUGCCUUUGGAUGGGCAAGUGAGCCCUAUUAAUGGAUGUAACCAGAAACAUACUAAUGUGGACAGCCCUCAGACGAACUGUCCUGCUGCUGAAAUAAGUAAGGAGGGAACAUUCAAUGCUUCAACCAUUACCAAAGAAGAAGGAACUUUAUCUAGCACAUUGCUGCAAACUCAUCUUGGGUCAUCAUUGUUUGAAAUCGAUGAAGUGGGAGUACAAUCAUCCUCUUUAUUGUCAGUAGAGUUUAGUUCACCAGACUGCCUUUCAACAAGCCAAUUCACAGAAGAGGUUAUGGAGGAAGAAGAUGACGAGAACCUUCCAAGCAUACUGGUGCACCAAGAUCAGUGGUCUGUCGCUGAAGGAAUGUUGGUGUGGUGUAAAUUCCGAAAGUACCCAUAUUGGCCUGCAAUGGUAAGAAGUGUAAAGAGUAGGAUCAAAAAGGCCAGCAUAUUGUUUGUGGAUGAAAAUAUAAUAGAUGUUGAAAGGAAUAAAAAAGGCUUUUGCGUGUCCAUAAGAACAUUAAAGCCCUUUGAUUGUGAGGAACGACAUCAAUUUACAGCUGCAGCAAGGCACGUUUACAAGAAUGCAAUUGAUUGGUGUGUGGCUCUAAUUGAUGACUAUCGAAUUAGAAGAGGUUGUGGGUCCUUCACAGGUUCCUUUGUUGAAUAUUGUACAGCUGAGCUCAGUAUCCCUGUACGAAAAUCAUUUGAACAAGAUCCUUCAUUAAUGACUUUUCCAUCCAGUUCGAUUGCAAGUCAGGUGGAAGGCCAUUCUGAUCCAGAAUACGACAUCACACCAACCAGACAACAGCCUACCAAGAAACUGCUCCCAGACAGGAAGAAAGCUGCCAGGGAUCGAGCAAAUGAAAAACUAGUGCAGUUCAUUGUCAAGGCCAGGGGAGUGGAGAAGCACCUUCAAGCUAUAAUUAAAGGGAAAAAGCACUCCAAGUGGCUUGAGGAGUUCAAAACCCGUACCCGCAACUCAAGUGUUAUUGACACCUACCUUGAAGACGACUGGCAGGUGGACAAAGUGAUCAACUAUUUAAAAAGCGUCUAUGAAAUGAGUGUGGGCACAGAGCUGUUGGUGGAUUGCGAGAGGUCCCGCUUUAUCCUGGAUGUCCUCUUACCAGAGGCCAUUAUUUGUGCAAUUGCAGAGGUGGAACAAAUAAGCAUUAAGAAAGCAGAGGAAAAAUAUAUGAAAGGACCUCUUCACAGCGAAAGGGAAGUUGAGCAUUUUAACAAGGAGAUUGAGAAAGAAAUGAAGCUGAAGCAACGCCAUUUGAAUGAGGAGGAAUCCACAAGCUAAAGCUUUUAUUCUUAAAAUGAAAAUAUUUGUACAUAAAAAGGGAAUGAAAUCCAUAUUUUUGUGCAACAAAGUCAUGUGAUUUUUGAUAGCAAGAUUUGUGUUAUAAAUUGUUGAAAUCAAGGUUGUACAACUAACUUGGGGGCUAAAGUCUUGUAAAUAUCCUAUCAGAGGAGGAUUAGUAAUGAGAAAAGACUUCAAUUAAACCUGAAGAUUUUAUAUUUUUUUCUAAAUUUUGAGUGACAAGCCAUAACAUUUCACAAAACUUGAUGUUCUUGCAAGUGCAGCAUAAAUUGAAAUCAUUUUUGUUUCCAUUCUCUUAUGCUCAGUAUUAAUGAAUUGUUGAUGUGUCUGCUUUUGAGCAGUAUUAAUAUUUCCUCCUGGACUGAAACAUUGAUUUUAGAAGGUUUUAAUCAAUCGUGAAAUGCAAAUGCUACUAUAGGAAGGCAGCGCACAGGCAAUAAUCUUGCAUUUGGAGACACGUCUGGUACUUUGUCAUCUCAGCACAGUGAUAGUUGAACUGUUAUUUCUUUGUUGGUUGCUAAUGUUUUGAGUUGUCAAAAUGUUAACGAGAAGUAAUGCAUGUUAGAUUUGAGUAACGUUUCGAAAAUGCAUACCCCAUUCAGUUUUUAACUAACGUUCAGUUUACCACAGUUUCAAAUUAAGACUGCAUGUUACACAGAGACCGACAGCUCAAUUUGGUAACAAUUCGAUAUUUGCACAAGCCUGCAUCCAAACUUUAUCAAAUUGACACUCUUAUGUGGAUUCGCAGGUGUGACAUCAACUGAACGUUUUAAUCUUGAGAUUGCAACAAUUUUCUUUGUUCAUGUAAAGUUUUCUUUAGCCAUGUAAAGUUUUUUUUUUAAGUCAAAUGGAUUCCUGAUUAUUUGAAAUUGUAUUUCAUAAUCUGUCUGGAUCCGUCAACAUGCAAUGUUUUAAGAAAAAUCUAAAUUCUG